AUGGUUAACUUGGAUUUGAGAUCCUUGACAUUACCUGUUGGUAUUGUGAGGAUCUGUGAGUUUGUCCUUACGAGCAUCUGCAUCGGCCUGGUGGCAUCGGUGGCUCGUGAAAACUCCUCCUACUGGCCCUGGUGUAUGUUUACCUGGUGUUUCUGCUGCUUCUUCACCCUCUUCAUCCUCAUCAUGGAGUUCACUCGCCUCCAUGACAAAGUGCCCAUUUCCUGGGACGAUUUCACUUCCGCCUUUGCCAUGCUGGCCUCACUGAUGUUGUUUGCUGUUUCUGUCAUUUACCCUACCCUUUUCAAUCAGUCCAAGGAUGGUAGGAUGAUCGGAGCUGCAACCAUCUCCUGGGUGUGUUUGGCACUCUACGUUGUGGAAGUGUGGCUGGCUAGCAGGAAACCUGGGGAGAUAAGUGGAUUCCUGUCCACCAUUCCAGGUCUGCUUAAGAUCCUGGAAACCUUUGUGGCCUGCAUUAUUUUUACUGCUUUAGAUCCUAUCAGGUAUUCAAAGUUGCCUGGGCUUCAAUGGUGUGUGGCAGUGUACUCUUUAUGUUUUAUUUUCGCUCUCCUCAUCAUCCUCCUCACCAUUGCAAAGUUGACCUCUGUCUUCCCUUUCUCCUUCGACAAACUGGCAAUUGUUUACAACAUCCUGGCACUAAUGAUGUACAUGACAGCAGUGGUUCUAUGGCCACUAUACGCCUUUCAGGACAAUGCAAGACCCACACCCUGUAAUCACUGCACCUGGGAUGAUCUGGUUGUGGUGACUUUCAUGACCGUAAUAAACCUCAUCGUUUACUCCUUGGACACAGCUUAUUCAAUCCGCCUGGUCUUCCUCUCCCGAGAGUAG